CUUUCGCAGGCUAGUAUUGCUCCAAAGCGACACGUAUUCCACCUUUCCUCUUUACAAAGUUUUAGUGUGUGAUUUAUGAAUUUAAUUAGAAAAUGGCUUGGCUUGCGGCCCAGCGAGGCUAGAAAACGAUGAAAAUGUGAAAUGUGUACGUAAGAAAUAUCUUAUUACAUAAUUAUCAUUGAAAGCUACAUCAUCGCUAACACAUGGAUAUUUCCAGGAAUAGUAUGAAAGAAGUGGGUUUCGUACCAUAGAUCCUGAGUGUGUGUCCCUCAAGGAAUGGAGCAAGGUAUCGCCUCUGAACCCUAAGGAUGCUUGUGCAGCGGUACAUCAACAGCCCAUUGAAGCUUGGAACUGAAAAAUGAACAAAAUGAUUUGGAAAUUGCUGCAGUGGACGUUCAUACUCCUGUGUGGUCCUCUGAUGGUGGUUGUUGCAGGAAACGAUGAAAUCCAUGAUAGACAGGUUCGGGUUCCUUCACAGGUUCUGAGCGACUUGCCCGCAUCUAUCACCAAUCAUAAUGAUUCGCACAUUUCCAAGGAUCCAUUCUUUGCAGUGAAUGUGCCGGAGAUGAACUGCAAUGUUGACUACGACUGUCUUGCAUACAAUAACCUAAUAUGCUCCGAGGGCCAGUGCAGCUGCAGGCCUCCCUCCUGCUGGGUCUACCAGUACGAGGUGACAGGCUUCUUUGGGGCCAAAAAUAUCUUUACUUGUGGUGAAUGCGGGGUACUUGGGUCGAGCUGCAACGCCACCAUCGAAUGUGAUUUCCCCGGCGAGUGUCGGAGUGACGGCUUCUGUCACUGCCAUAGUGGGGAGAACUACGGCGGAACCUGCGUCUACUCGAACAUCGGCUGGUCCAACACCCUGGCUUUGACAGCGAUGGGCAUCCUUAUUUUCUUCCUAAUCUGCAUAUUCGCCGUCAGCUGUGUCAAGACACGGCCGUGGAGGAACCCGAACGCCUGGCGCUGCAUGUGUUGUUCUGAUGGCGGUGAGACGCAUCGUCGUCGUGGCUCGUGCGAGAAAAGCCCUGCUUUCACCAUCCAGGCUCAUUACGCCAGCCAGGAUCUCACUGCCUGCCAAAGCAGCGUCGAGGAAGUGCCCCCGGUUGGUCUUGGAGGAGCGAUACCGCGGCGCUAUCGGAACCUGUCCUCAGAUAAUAGCAGCACAGUGUCCAGCAUUUCUUCUGCCGUGACAAACUUGACCACCGUGAGUGACUCGGGCUCUAGAGAUUCAACGGAAAGAACCUUACCUCCUCCUUCUCCUCCUCCUCCUCCUCCUCCUCCUCCUCCUCCUCCUCCUCCUCCUCCUCCUCCUCCUUAUAAAUACUUGAACUCAAGUGAGGAAGUUGAUGGAGGUCAUGUCACAAGCGUCUCCACUAUACAGCUGAAGGAUAUUCCUCGUGAGGGGUCUGCCUUACCAUCUGCUUCAAAUAUUCCCUCCAAGAACGUGGAGUCUGUAACGGUUUCUAUAUCGGGAAGCUGUACCCAUGAACGAUGCCAGCUUUGCUUACCGAGACCACUUGCCUCCCAACCACGUGCCAGUGCAGCCAGAAAAUCAAGGCCAGACAAAGCACAUCAUCCACUCUCACCCUUACUGGACACUCCACAAGCGGAAGGUGUUGUACAGCUUACACAGCUUUAAGAUAUGUACUCGUAUGUAGGUUAGAUACUGUGCAGCGGAGUUCGCUGGAUGACCCCUUCUUAAUCAUGUAAGGAAAGUUACGGCCACUUCACUACUUUUGUUAAUAGACAAGUAUGUCGAGCCUAACGACCUAUUUACGGAAACAUUUUUUUUUUUUUUGGUUUUCUACUGUUUAACACUUAUGGUAGGUAUUUAGUUUUAACAUCACGUACUGCGCUGUACUCUCUCUCUCUCUCUCUCUCUCUCUCUCUCUCUCUCUCUCUCUCAUACAUGCUGUGUAAAGAUUAGUAUGGAAGUAAAACGGAUGAGGAAACGAGGGAGAGAAGACCCAGUCGGGGAUUUCAAAGCAGUUCAAUGUUAAUCAAUUAAGUGGUAGAAGGUAUCAAGUGUAUUUACGCGGAAAACAGCAAGCGGCAUGGAUCAUAUGUGGUUCAAUUUGUAACGUUCGCUUCCAGUAUUUACGACGGCAGGAGCUCAGUUCUGAGUAUUAGGAAAAUUUGUGCACUUUUCACGGCAAGUUGUUCACAGAAACUUCCUUCUUUAACGCAAUUUUAUAUGGAAAAUUAAUUGUAUUAGGAAAGGCUGGACUUGAAUAUCAGGGAGCUUCUGUAACAGGCAUGUUUUAAAGGCGAUACUCAUUAUUUUUUUUUUUUUUUAUUUAUCAGUGUAGGAACUACGUAGCUGUACUUGAUUCGUUUGGUGCUCUGUCACACACACACACACACACACACACACACACACACACACACACACA